AUGUCCGUUGAAAAACAAUCCCAUAAUUUGACUGAAAAAGGUUCAAUUGAACCAGAAGAUAUCCAAUUGGGUACCGUUGUUUCUACAUCUGGCAAAAUGGUCAAUGUUCAUGGUGAUAUGAAACAUAUGGAUCAAGCACUUGGCUUGGCUUUACAGACCAAGGAUAUGUCUUUCACUGAGGAAGAAGAUAAAAAAUUACUUAGAAAAAUAGAUUUUGCUCUUAUUCCUUUUGUCUCGUUUCUUUAUUCAUUAUUCUAUGUUGAUAAAGCCUCUAACGGUUGGGCUGCCGUGAUGGGGAUCAGAAAAGAUAUGCAUAUGGUUAAUGAUAUGUUUAGUUGGUCAGGUUCUGCUUUUUACCUUGGUUACUUGGCUUUCCAACCAUUCGCGAGUUUUUCGCUUCAAAAAUUCCCAUUGGCUAAAACUUUUUCGGUCUAUAUGUUUUCUUGGGCCGUCAUCAUUUGUCUCCAAGCCACCAAUGUGAACUAUCCUGCUUUUAUCUUUUUGAGAACACUUUUGGGUUGUGCUGAAGCUUCCGCAUCUGUUUUUACCACCGUUCUCACUUCGCAAUACUACAAAAAGAAAGAAUCUUUCCUCAGAGUGUCUUUUUGGCUUGCAACUUCUGGAUUUGGGGUCUUCUUUGGUAACAUGUUGGCUUACGGAAUUGCUACUAGAGCCGACAGCUUUUCAAUUGCUCCUUGGAAGAUCUUAUUUAUUGUAAUUGGUUUAAUCUCUUUUGUUGUUGCCAUUAUUCUUGCUUUCCAUAUCGCUGAUGAUCCAUCAAAAGCUUGGUUCUUGAAUGAAAAGGAAAAGUUGAUGGUGGUCGAAAGAAUUAGAGAAAAUUAUCAAGGUUUCGGUAACAAAGUCUGGAAAAAGCAUCAAUUCAUUGAAGCCAUGACUGAUAUCAAGACUUAUUUAUUUUUCAUUUAUGCUGUUGCUUUUAAUAUUCCAAACUCCGCUUUAGCCUCUUUUGGUUCUAUUCUUUUAUCAAGUGACUUGGGCUACAGUUCGACUGACUCUUUGCUUUAUGGUGCUCCACAAGGUGUCGUUGAAUUCAUGUGUUUGCCACUCAUCGCUUACAUGAUCCAAAGAUUCAACUUACCAAGAUUGCUCAGUACUGCGGUUGUUAUUACUAUCACUAUUGCCUUUGCUUGUAUGUUGGCUUUUGGCAAGAAUCACGGUACCCAAUUAGCCGGUUACUAUUUGUUGUAUCUCAUGCAAAUCGGACCAAUUGGUAGUUUCUCAUACUUUGCAUCUAAUGUUCCAGGUCAUACCAAAAAAAUUACCAUCACUAGUGUCUACCUUGUUGGCUACUGUGUUGGUUCUUUGAUUGGUCCUCAAACCUUUGUCGCUAAAGACUCACCAAACUAUGUUCCUGCUAAGAUUGCCAUCGUUGUUUGUGUCAGUGUCGCUGCUGCUUGCUUCUAUGGAAUUUAUUUCCUCUGUUUGUUGGAAAACAAAUCCAGAGACAAGAAGGCUGCUGAAUUGGGUGACCAAUAUGUUGUUCCUGAAAACAUUGAAUUUGGUGAUUUGACUUCUAAUGAAAAUAUCUAUUUCAGAUAUGUUUUAUAG